AUGAAUGCGCGCUGUCAGGUGAGCGAUGCCACGAUGGUCUUUGCGACCGAGAAGGUACCCAGGUACCCAGGUACUCAAGGGCGAUUCGUGGACGUGCAAGUAUUGACAGCAAUUGUCGCUUGGCCUGCAAAAUCCAACUCCAACGACAUGCACAAGCGAUGGCUUCGCGUGGGCGCGCACGCUGACUGGAGGAAUGGCACAUGUCGUGCUACGCCCACUGGCCGCGGAACCAAGCUCGAUAGUGGUGUCUGCAAGGGGGUUAGGGAAAAAGGCACACGGCCCCAGUCAGCAAAAGGUCUCAUGGGAGCAUGCUGCCAGUCCCAAACUGCCGUGGAGAUAGGUAAGCUGGGCGCUGCAGUUGGCUCUAGCGCGGCGGCAAAGCAAGCUGCAUCUAAAAUGCAUCGCCGCUCACGAACAGGAUGCUUCACAUGCCGCCUACGACGAAAGAAGUGUGAUGAAGGAAAAGCUUCUUGCCGCGCCUGCAAACACCUUGGCCUCAAGUGCGAAUACAAGAGGCCAAUGUGGUGGAGCAACAAUGAGCAAAGACGGAACCAAAAAGAAGUCAUCAAGAACAUCAUCAAGCGCACCAAGCUCAAUGAGAAGACGGCCCAAGGCGGCGCAAUGGGUACAAACACCCCACCAAGUCUCUGCCACUCAAUGCAAACCGCCGACACCUUCUCAGACGGCGUCAGCUGCACUCGCGCACCAUCAGUCGAUUCGCAGAACUCGCUGGACUACAACUUCAACCCCGCUGCGACACCCGACUUCUACAACUCGUCAAUGCCGCCGCCAAUGUUCGCCCCCAGUUUCGCGCAUCCAGGACACUACGUCCCAUACGACAUCGACAUCAAGACCGAAAGCCAGAUGUUCAUCAACGACAUUCCCACUCGACGAGACUCAACCAUAUCUAGCUACAGUCACUACCAAACCCCUCCAGCCGUCAACAACGUCUUUCCCACCGACAACUGGAUUCAGCAAGACUACUUUGAGAGUCGCCGCGAGUCCUUCACCGAGGAGCCUCUCGAAUUCCCCAUUUUUGGUUACACCACCUACGGUGCUUUUAGCCCGUCGCACCAAGCUUCGAUCCAGGUAGACGAUUGCGACAGGCACCUUCUCAGUCAUUUCUUGGAUAACAUCAUGCCUUCGGCCUUCCCAGUCCUCGAGACAAAUCAGCCUGGCGCAGCCCAACGCGAUGUCAUCAUCCCUGCAUUGGAAUCCAACAAGGCAUACCUGCACUGCUGCAUGAGCAUCUCAGCGCUACACAUGAAGACGACACAAGGCCUCACAGGAGAGCAGAUCGACCAGGACAUCCAGCGACACCGCGGUGAAACUGUCCAACAGCUCACUGCUGCCCUUUACAGCGACAGUCAGCACGGCCAGACUCUCGAGGCAGCGCUCGGAAUGAUCUUCUUCCAAUGCUCUGUUGGUAGGUUCAAUGACGGUCUUAUGGAUAUUCCGUGGCACGGCCAUUUCGAGGCAGUUCAGAACCUUGUUCACAGGCUCGAACUUCCUGCACAGAUGGUGGCAAUGAAUGGACAAGCCAACGCUCAGCCUCCCUUCAACAUGACUCUGGCUUCUUGGAUCGACAUCCUAGGCGCCACCAUGCUCGGAAGGACACCUUCAUUCGCUGACACUUACCGCGAGAAGCUCAUCGCUGACGCGUCUUCUGGCCUUGCCGAACUCAUGGGUUGUGAAGAUCGCAUCAUGUACCUGAUCUCGGAGAUCGCCUGUCUCGAGGCGCUCAAGAACGAGAACAUGGACGUUGUGCAGCUUUGCGCGCACAUCAAGCUCCUCGGCGAGCAAAUCAGCUUGACUGAGCCUCCUCAGGGAUCGCUCAACACUGCCUACACAUCGACGGGUGAAAUUCUCCCCAGGCAGCUCCGCCGAAACAUGACGGCAGUAUACCGCCUAGCCGCGCGCAUCUACCUCUGCAGUCUAGUACCAGACUUUGACCGCACCUCGCCCACAUUUGUCAACCUAGUGAGCGCACUUUGCAAGGCUAUGGAGUAUAUUCCUGCUGGACCCGAUGGAUUCGACCGCUCUUUGGUAUGGCCCCUCUUGGUCGCCGGCUCAAUCUCGGUGCCACAGUCAGGAUUCCGCAAGAUGUUUGCAGAACGCUCCGCUCUGUUGGGUGAGGGUGCCAACUUUGGAUCUUACGGCAGAGUCAAGAACCUCCUUGAGGAAGUUUGGCGAGUCAACGACGACAACCUCGCGAAGGGUAACACACAGAGUGUCCACUGGCGGGACAUGAUGCGACAGAAGAACUGGGACUUUUUGCUCAUCUAA